AUGUCAUAUAAACGCUCCCGUGCGACCUACGAAGCCGAUCUCCAUGCAGCCUUUGCAACUUUCGGCACUCCUCUGCCCAAUGACCCUGACGCUCGAGAUGAUGGCUCCUUCAUUCCAGUAUGGAAGCAGGAGGUGAGGGAUGAGCGAGGUCGAAAACGCCUCCAUGGCGCAUUUACCGGCGGAUGGAGCGCAGGUUACUUCAAUACUGUCGGAUCCAAGGAGGGAUGGACACCGUCAACUUUCGUUUCGAGUAGAAACAACCGCCACAAAGAUGCCAAGAACCAAUCGCAACAUCGACCAGAAGACUACAUGGAUGAGGAGGACCUUGCUGAUGCGGCCGAAGCUCAGAAAGUCCAAACUUCUCAAGCUUUUGCUGGUCUUGGCUCCUCCGGUCAGGAUCCCAAUACAGGAGGCUUGAUGGGCUUGCUGAGGGCUGAAGGAGAUACCAUGGGACUGAAGUUGUUGCGGCGCAUGGGAUGGAAAGAUGGGCAAGGCAUUGGCCCCAAGAUUCGGAGAAGCGCCCGCCUUGAGCUGGGAGAUAAAAGCUCUCAGGCUACUGAAACACAUUUGUUUGCUCCUGACAAUGCAAAAAUGAUUCAGUUUGUCCGCAAGAACGAUCGAAAGGGACUGGGCCAUGACGGAGAAACCAAGUUGUCGAGUUUAAAUCCUAUCACGUCCGCAGCAGACGAUGAUGAGGAUGAAGAUUAUUCUCACGAUAAUGGUCUCCGGGAUUCCUCUUUGCUCUCGCAGAAAUCCAAGACUAAGCCUGGCCGAGGCGGUAUAGGAGUGGGCAUCUUGAACGAUAAUGGCUCCGAUGAGGAAGAUCCUUACGAAAUGGGACCAAAGAUCAGAUACAAUCGUAUCAUGGGCGGUGAUAAAAAGAAAAAGAAGGCGAAGAAAACAACGGCAGCAAUUAACCCUGCUCUUAAAAAUGCGCCUGUUUUUGUGUCUCGAACUGCUCGAGCUGGUAAUGGUCUUGGACGGUGUCAUGAUGGGCGAUUACCACUCGAUGGGUUUGUACUCGCCAAAAUUACAGAAGACUUAUCCGAUCUCUUUUUGGAAUACGCACCGCCUCCGGUUCCAGAAGGAUGGGCGUCCUCAAAAUCUCCUAUAGACCAAGCCAAUCCUUCAGAUUACAAGUCAACAGCAGAUGCUGCAAAGGCAUCGACUCAUGAUGCAAAGUCUAGAGCAGCCCUUCUUGGAGAGAAGAGUCUGCCAGGAAAAUCAGUCUUCGAUUAUAUCACGAGCUCAGCACGCGACCGACUUGCUGCAGCUUCCGGGAACAAAAAUCUACCCCAGGGUUUGGGCGAGGUUCCAGAAGGAUUCUCCAUGACAGAAGAGGAAAGACAACAGCAGGUAUGGGAUGAAGCACCACAGCUGGAUCGUGAGACAGCCAUUGCAGCUAUUUCUCGAGGCUCCUCUGGACCUUAUGCAGACAAUGAGGAGAAAAAGGCGCGGUAUAGAACUUAUCUGGAGCAUUUUGCAACAGGCAGCCAACCGCUCCCCUACAAACCCAAGGGCAUGGCGUUUGACGACUUUGCCAGAGAAUUGUCGGAAUUCCACAAUUGCGCGAGGAUUUUCAAACCGAUGACAGGGUUUAUGGCGUCUCGAUUCACCACGGCGAAGAAACCAGCAAUCGUUUCAGCAAACGGAUCUGAGACAGAUCUGGUGUCGAAACCCGAACCAAAGAUCGCAGAUCCAGCAGAAGAAGCAGCCAAAAUCGGCAUGUAUGGGCAAAUGACUCGAACAGUCGAAGACUUUUAUCCAACAAGACUAUUGUGCAAGCGGUUCAAUGUCAGGCCGCCCGCGCACUCUCAAGCAGAGGCUGAAGCAGAACCUGGCUCCGGGACGACAAGUCGUGAUGGAGGUUCAGGACCCAUGGAAGAUGUCAAGAUGAACUCAACAUUCCCGGCUGGCGGCAUCAAGUCAAUCGAAGGAGCACCUACAAACACAACGGCGCCAGCUCCUGAGCCCGAGGCCGUCAUUGAUCCGCAUAAGAAUGAAGCAGUUGAGGGUAAAACGGCACACGAUGAAGUUCUUCGGGCAAUAUUUGGAGAUAGUGAUAGCGAAUAA